AUGUUGUCUGGUCUUCCUCUGUUUACUGCCGUUCUCAUCGCAGUUGCCCGCGCAGGUCCAUGUGAUAUUUACGAAGAGGCUGGGACGCCAUGCGUGGCUGCCCACAGCACCGUUCGAGCUUUACUGGACGACUACAAGCAAGGUCUGUACCAGGUUAAACGUGAAUCCGACCAAAAAACGCUUGACAUUCUUCCCAAGACCUCCGGAGGCAUCGCCGACGUUUCUCUACAUGACGAAUUUUGUGACGACACUGUCUGCCACAUAUCCAUUAUCUACGACCAGUCCGGCAAAUCGAACCACUUGACCGCAGCCCCAGCCGGUGGAGCCAAGAAGAAAGCCGAUCACCCUGCUGUCGCUAAUCGUCUUCCGGUAAAGAUUAAUAAGCACAAAGCCUACGGCGUGUGGGUCGAAGAAGGCAUUGGUUACCGCAACGACAAUACCGAUGGUAUCGCCAUCAAGGACGAAGCUCAAGCCAUUUACAUGAUUGUGGACGGCACGCGCUCCAAUGAUGGCUGCUGCUUCGACUACGGCAACGCCGAAACUACUAAUAACGAUGAAGGGGCUGGGACGAUGGAAGCCGUAUACUUCGGUAAGAAUAAAUAUUGGGGCCAAGGCAGUGGAACUGGUCCGUGGAUUAUGGCGGAUCUCGAGGAUGGUCUAUUUGGGUGUGCCGAAAAAUAUUGCCCGUACCUUCCCACAGUGGAGUACCCGUUCUUGGUUGCCAUGCUCAAGGGCCGCUCCGGGGGAACUUUUGCUCUUAAGCAGGGUAAUGCUCAAUCUGGACAUCUUAAAACCAUCUACGAUGGCCCUCGGCCACCAAAGUAUACUAUAAUGAACAAGAAGGGCGCUAUUGUUCUCGGCAUUGGUGGUGACAAUAGCAACGGGGCUAUUGGCAAUUUCUUUGAAGGUUGUAUCGUGAAGGGCAACCCGAACGCCGCUAUCGACAACAAGAUUCAAGAGAAUAUUGUUUCGGCGCACUACGGACAAUAA